AUGGCAACAAGAUUUAAGAAAAAUAGAAAAAAGAGAGGUCAUGUAUCAGCCGGUCAUGGUCGUAUUGGAAAACACAGAAAACAUCCAGGAGGAAGAGGAAAAGCUGGUGGUAUGCAUCAUAUGCGAAUAAAUUUUGAUAAAUAUCAUCCAGGAUAUUUUGGAAAGGUCGGUAUGAGACAUUUAAAUUUAUUAAAAAACCGAAAAUAUUGCCGAACCAUAAAUAUUGAUAAAUUAUGGGGUUUAUUGCCAGAAGAAAAAAAACAAGAAUUCGCUAAAAAUGAAAAUAUAGCUCCAGUUAUAGAUGUAACAAGAGUUGGAUAUUUCAAAGUUUUAGGAAAUGGAAAUUUAGAACAUAAUCAACCGAUUGUUGUAAAAGCUAGAUAUUUUUCUUCCAUUGCUGAAAAAAAAAUUAAAGCCGUAGGAGGGCAAUGUAUAUUAGUAGCUUAA